GAGACACACCCAUCUGCUCAAAUUGUGAUUUCACUAGUAGGCUACGUUACACCAUAAAUAGUCUCUGGUUACACUCUACUUCUAUUAUGGAGGCUCCCAUGUUAAUUCCACUGCGUCGCCUUUAAUGCAGAAGAACAGAAUGAUUUUACGAUCAGAAUCAAAACCUGCUGCAAAUGAAUCUUCUCUUUAAUUCGCUCUCGGUGAUCUUGAUUUUCCUCAACAAUGGUGUUUUCGGUGUUGGAUCAGAUGAAGUGUCAGUGAUGGAGGGAGAUUCAGUCACUCUAAACACUGGUGUUAAAACAAACCAACAAGAAGAUAUUAAAUGGUAUUUUAAAGACACUCGCAUCGCUCAAAUCAAUGGAGAUCUCAAUAAGACUUGUACAGAUGUUCAGUGUAAUGAAGGGACUGAGAGAUUCAGAGGCAGACUGAAGCUGGAUCAUCAGACUGGAUCUCUGACCAUUAGAAAUAUCAACACAAUAGACUUUGGACUUUAUGAACUGAAGAUCAUCAGCAGGAGCAGCAUCAGUGGGAAAAUCUUCAAUGUUUCUGUUCAUGGUGUUUCUGCUGCUAAACAAGAUGAAGUGAAGAGAAAGUCAGUGAAGGAGGGAGAAUCUGUUACUUUAGAUCCUGUUGUAAUAAGAAAACCAAGUGAUGUGAUGAUGUGGUAUUUUAAUGACAUUCUCAUCGCUGAAAUCACUGGAGAUCUGAGUAAGAUCUGUACAGAUGUUCAGUGUAAAGAGAGAUUCAGAGACAGACUGAAGCUGGAUCAUCAGACUGGAUCUCUGAACAUCACAAACACCAGAAACACAGACUCUGGAGAAUAUAAACUACAGAUGAUCUUCAACAACAGCAGCUUCAGCAUCACUAGAGUGAAGAGAUUCAAUCUUACUGUCAUUAAUUCAGGUCUGUCUUCAGGAGCUGUAGCAGGAAUAGUUGUUGCUGUUGUUCUGCUGGUUUCUGCAGUUAUAACUGCUGCUGUGAUUUACUAUCGCCACAAGAUCUAUACACCAGUACAGCAGAAUGUAAGUAUUACAAAUAGCUGAUUUAACAAGAAAUAGGAAUU